GCUCUCACACCUAAACACCCUCCACCUAAUACCCCCAUCAAUCACCCCCCUCAUCCCCUACCACCGCUACCACCCACCGAACCGAACCAAACAAAAAACAAAAUGCCCCGCCCCCGCAUCGCCUGCUUUCACGGCGGCGGUUCCAAAGCCGCCAUCUACGAGAUCCAAUGCGCCCGGCUGGCGAACCUCCUUUCCACCGAAUUCCAACUCGUCUUCUUCGACGGCCCUUACACGCGCGACGCCGGCCCUGGUGUCCUCCCCGCCUUCAGCGGCUACGAGCCCUACAAAUCAUGGUUCACGACCGACAACACCGGCACCGAGCUACCCGAUGGCAGCGGGUACGAUGCGUCCGGCCGGGAUGGCAUCGAACGGGUGUGGAAACUCAUGGCGGAACAUGAUUGGGCGUCGGAUGAGGCGGUUGGGCCGUGGGUCGGCGCAAUGGGGUUUAGUCAGGGGACCAGGGUGGUGGGGGGGUUGUUGUUGGAUCAGCAGAGACGGGAAAAGAAUGGGUGGGAGGGGAGGGGGGGAGAGGGGAUACGGCUGAGGUUUGGGGUUUGUUGUAUGGGGGCGGGGAGGCCGAUGGAGUCGGAGGUUGGGAAGCACUUCGACGUUGGAACGGACCUCGUCAGUGUGCCUACGUUGCACGUCCACGGUCUCAAGGACUGGGUGUUGCCGCUUAGUCGACAGCAGUACGCGACAUACUAUGACCCCAAGGCGAAGCGGCUAUACGAGGUGGACUAUCAUCAUGCCAUGCCGUGGGUGAAGGAGGAGGUCGAGCAGCUGGCGCAGCACAUCCGACAGAUCUACAAGGAGACUCUUUAGACUACACGGGUAGGAUAUGACGAUGGGGACGGUUCAACACGAUCAUGAGGAUACCCUGAUUAUAGACUAUAGAGAAUGACUGUUUGUCAAGUAAUGCAGCCUAAAACCCUGAUUCAGAAGAAGAGAGAAAAAUACCCUAAUAAUACAGACCUCCCACCAACACCAUCCUCCCCAUCCCACCCAACUCCCCGAAAACAAGGAGGAGAGGAUCACUCACUCCAACAUAAACCCCUCCACCCCCUCCCCCACC